CGGAAGUCAGAGAGCGUUCUUUAAGAGUCGCGCUACUUGGAUGCUAGUCACACUUCGAAAGCCUGUAUUCAUGUUUCUGUGGCAUUUUGCGUUCUUUAUUUUCAUCAACAGGGGUACUUAUGCUGUCAGUCACAAUCGCAUAUAAACUUCUUGUGAAGACUUGUAAUGAUUGACAGAAAAUGUGUUAACUUUUGCUAUAAAUAUCUCGAUAAAGUUGUGCGUCUUUGCCAACAACCAAAGUUGAGCUUGAAAGCCAGUCCACCUUAUAUUUUGGAUACGAUUCCGGAUAUAUAUGAAAAGUUACAAAGAAUAAUUGCAAAUUACGAAGAAAAUUAUGAUGUACUCUCUGAAAUAGAAUACUUUCAAAUAUAUAUUUCGACCUUGAUUGAGAAAUCCAAGCAAACUAUUAGUCUUUUCAAAAAUUCCAAAGAGAAAAUUUUCGAUAUCAACUCAGAUGCACGGUUUCGUCUGAUUAAGUUGUCGCUAGUAUAUUCACAUCUGCUAAACGAUUUGGAAGCCCUCUUCCCACAUGAUACUUUCGACUCUAAGGGUUUCCGUAUAACAAAACCUGAUGCAGCUCGAUGGUGGUUGAGCAAUUUUGGGGAUAGUGUAGUUGUUUCUUGGCAAUUAUUCAAAGAUUCGUUAAUUCAAACAUUCAGGAUAGACUCUGAUACUCAACUGCUGGCUCUCCAAACGACUAUAGACAUAACUUGUAAUGACUAUGUAUCCAUUUUUGAGUUCGAUGUAUUUACUAGAUUGUUUCAACCAUGGAACAAUAUACUGGAAACCUGGAAAGCAUUAGCCAUCCUCCAUCCCGGUUACAUGGCGUUCAUGACGUAUGAUCAAGUUAAAGGUGUUCUUAAACGCUACUGCUUUUACCCUGGUCCAGGAACAUACAUUUUUCGAUUAUCGUGUACUAAACUGGGUCAGUGGGCUAUCGGAUAUAUUACACAGGAACUAAAAAUCGUACAAACUAUAAUACAAAAUAAAUCCCUGGCACAAGCGUUGGUUGAUGGAGAAAGAGAGGGAUUCUAUUUAUAUCCAAACGGGAAACCCAGUCCUACCACAUUGUUGUACUAUUUAACAAAUAAUCUACUCCAAGUUCACUUACAAGUAACAAAGGAACAGUAUCAGCUUUACUGUGAAAUGGGUUCAACCUUCGAAUUAUGUAAGAUUUGUGAUGAAAAUAAUAAAGAUACGCGACUCGAACCCUGUGGUCAUUUGAUUUGCAAGAAUUGCUUACUUAAUUGUCAAUCCACAAGCAAUGGCUUAACAUGUCCGUUUUGCCGCCUGGUAAUAAAAGGGACUGAAGAUAUUAUCGUUGAUCCUUACAAACCAUCAAGCGACUCUGGUAAACUAAGUUUUCAUCCCAGUGAGCCUGUCGUAAUUUAUGAUCAGACAGCAUCCCUUCAUGAGAUAGCUGACAAGCCUUCAGGAUUGGCUUCGUGUUCUGUCAGUGCCUUGUGUAACAGAAAAAGUCUCACACCAGACCCUCUAUCUGCGGGGCCACCACCUAUACCGCCAAGGAACUUUUAUCUGAUAUCUACCAUAGAUAAUACCGUAAAUUACAACAACGAACUUCAAACUAGUUGUCACACUUCUUCGACAAACUACGGACUCGAGAUUUCCACACGUCCUGAUUCUCAUGAAAACAUCGGAUUCGCAAAUCCCGACUCAUCUGUUAAAAAUGAUACACUCUUACGCUCGCUCAGUGAGCGUAAUGAAGAUAGAUGCUUAUGCUCUCAAGGGAGAAACUCUCUGUUUCCAGCACAAGUUAUGCCCCGGAUAGAUACUGGGAGUUUCGAUCAUACAAUGGAUUUAAAUUACGCUCAGUUAGAUUUAAACAAGUCAGAUUCUGAUGAUGAAUUGGAGGUUGGUUUAGCCUUUGAUGAAAAAGACGACAUACGAGACCAGCAAGAUGAUAUCAAGCCAUCUGCGCAACAGAACAUAAGUGCAAACCCAGAUCUCAUUUGUGAAUCGUUAUCGAAUGAUAAGAACCACACGGACUGCUCUUCAGACAAUUUGUCUAACAAGAAUACGAUCCCCUCCGGUAUGUCACAUUGUGAUCUCAUCAAAUGCCAAACAAGAUCUGUGGAUGAAAAUGUGAGGGAAUUAAUUAGUUUGCACCCUGAAAUGACUGAAGCAACAGCCACGCUAUUACUCACUUUAACGGAAAACCGUCUACAUAUUUCAUAUGAAAUAUGGAAGCACUUUAUGCCUCGUGUUUAGAGAGACGUGUAAGCACUUAUUUUCAGUAAUAUAAAUAAUGCUAUUUUGCUCAGAGAUAAUUUAUUAGGCUUAAUGUUACAAUUAUUUUAUACUUUCUUAUUUUUGAUUUUACUUAUGUUGGUAAUAAUUAUUGUCCUGCAGAGUUCGACUAGAUUCUAGGUAGGGUCACCAAAUUAUCGUGCUUUCAAGUUAGUACUGAUAACAAUGACUACCUAAACUUUUUCUAUAUCGUAUAAUUUUUCCUAAAAUCUCAUUUUAACAACGAAUGAAUGUAUGGUAUUCUACUGAUAGUGUAAAAUAUACUCGGCUUGACUUUCAA